AUGUCAAGACAGCAUACAACAAUAGCAGAACACUUUAACAUGACUACCGAAGAGAUGGGACCUGAUAACGAUCGAUGGGAUGACACUGGACCAAUUAUUGGUGAUUUGCGUGAUAGGCCCGCUGUCUGCAUUACUCUCCAUGAUAUGUUGGUUGACCGUCAGUUGCGGGUGAGCCAGCGAAUUUUUUGCAUAGGAACCUUUCUAUUGUUGUGUCUUAUUUUGAUGAUGUUAUUUUUGUUUUUAUUAAUUGGUUUUAAUCAAGUGAUGCAUGACAUAUCCUUUCAAGAACAUCAAAAUAAGCAAGGAUUGCAUAUGAUACCAAAUUUUGGCACUGGUAUCGAUAAUAACAUAUUAAAUCUCAGCAGAGAUAAUGUUGCAAGAGGACGAUACGUUGAAAUUAUCCAGGACUAUCUUGAUGCGUAUAAGAAAGAACAGCUGUCACGAGCUAACUUUACAAAACAGUGCAGCCCUCUCGAGAAGCCUCUACAUGCUUGGUGUGAUUUUCCUCUGAAGAUAUUUGAGGACGCGGGAUGUACAGCUGUUAAUCGCUACGGUUAUGAUAGUGGCGAACCAUGCUUGCUCUUCGAAUUAAAAUUAGAAACUACUUGGACGCCGAAGUUCAGUCGCAAUGUCACGAAUUUGCCAUUGAAAUGUGAUGCGUAUGAUCAUCUUGCAAUGAGGAUCAACACCAACGUUAAAUACGUGCUUCCUUUUGAUGGGAGUACACGAUAUGGUGGCUUUCCAUUAAAUAAGAUCCCUUCAAGGCCGAUAUCUGAUAAGGAAGGUAGAGAUGUGUCUGAUGAAAAUGGGGAGACGCUAUACGACCAACCUCCGCUUAUUAUGGUGAAGUUACUACUUUCAAAGAGCGUACAUACAACAGAUGUAAACGUUAGCUUUGUUUCCAAAUUCCUUAAAAAUAACCAACACACUCGCCAGAGCUUAGGGAACUCACUUGCUAUUGAUAUAUCCGAUAAAAUUAAGAGGUGGACAAUAAUGGAUGUUUUCGAAAAAGUGUUUCGACGAAAUCGAAUGAAAACACAACAUCUUAUUUCAAUUGCAUGUCUAUCACUAUUAGCAUAUAUCGUUGUACGCACUACUAGGAUUCUCACACCGUCUGCUGGUAACAUGAAGAGCUUCUAUAUUAACAAAUACGAGACUCAUGAAGAUGUUUCAAAGAAGAUGAAUGAGAUGCGCGUAAGUCGUGAAAACUACCUCAAAGCAAAUCCGAGUGGCAUCGACGAGUUUCCAGAAUUGAAAAAAGAAUACGAUGGAAACGAAGAUCACCGUACUGAGCGUGAACUUAAUGAAAUAAACGAUGAAGAGCAAGCAGUGAGGGAAGUACAGCAAGAUAAAAACGAUCGAGACAGUGGUAACGAUAUAGCAGAUCUUCCCACUAAAUCAAGGGAACACAUUCAAUUUAUUCAGGAGGUUCCAGAUACCAUUAAUGCAACUACGGACUCUUCCACAUCAACUCCAAGCACGACAACCUUAGCGGAUAUUCUCAGUUUCAGAUCGAGCGUUGCGCUAUUUACGAAAAAACCCGUAGAAGCAACCAUAGAAAAGCUGGAAGAAACUCCCGUUAAUAUGGAUUAUGUGAAUAAUUUGGAGGAACGCUUCAACACGAAUGAGGAUCAUCCUCGAAUCGCCGACUAUCAAUUAUACCCAACAGAAGAGAUUUCGAACGAAACUAAUGUCGAGAAGACAUUUCCCGUACCAAACAUUCCCGGUGCACUCACAAACCUAACCUUCUCGGAAAAAUCGAGCCAGAAUCCUGAAAUUCUCGUUAACCAAGCAAACAAUGAAACGACCACGAACGUUGGCGCUACUGCUGUGGAUAUCACCACUGUUCCCUAUUCGUUUUCUGGGAGACCAGAAGCUUCUGAAGUAGAUCACAGUCGCGGAGACGAAGCAGUUAACAUCAGUCACGUCAAGGAUUUGCAACAACGUGAAGAACAGCUAGGAAAAGUGGAAAAAAAUAAUUCAGUGAUAGAAAAGAUGGAUCAAAAAGGAAACGAUAUUUUGGAGAAUGCUGACACAACAAGAGAGAAACGAGAGCAACUUGACUCGAACGACAUAAGUCAGUUUAUAAUUUGA